AUGGCACUCUCGCACUUUGUCGACUUGAACUCUUGGACAACUGGACUCAACUCAAGAUCAAACAGAGACAGUGACAGUGACAGAGACAAGAGAGAACAUACAAUGAUAUGUAUAGAGUGUGGAAGACCAGUCAAUGAUGUAUAUAAAGAGUUUGGCAAGGCUGGUAGUGGUAACAUUAGACUGACAAGAUGUGGACAUUGUAAACAAAUAGCUGAUAAAUAUGUAGAGUACGACUUUAUCAUUGUGUUCCUUGACCUCUUCUUGCAUAAGCCACAAGCAUACAGACACUUGUUGUUCAACAGACAAACAUACACUGACAACUGGAUAUCAGUAUUGAUUGUGUAUAUCUUCUUUGAAUCUUAUAUCAAAUGGCUUAGGAUCAAGGAGUACUGCGAGUAUACACAACCAAAGAGUGCAUUCUAUUAUUAUGAUUGGCAAGAUGAUGUACCCUACGAUCGAUACUGGUUCAUUUUAAUAACGGCAAUAGCAGAGUUUGGUCUAUAUGUUGCCGCCAUUGGACUGUCCGUACAAUUAAUAUAUAGGUCACGCUAUGCAAUCAUAAAAUAUAACUACUUAGUGAUGGCCAUCAUACUAUCAAGCUUUGGAAAAGGCUUCCUGAUAUUGAUGAUGAUAUGGGACUAUCCAUUCAGUUUCAGUACCAUACUAAUAUUCCUGGAUACAUCAACAUUCAAGGCUAUAUGCUUUGUAGGCAUUGGUCUAGUUGUAAAGGUUGUGUUCCAGGCCAUCAUCUAUCUAUUUGACACAUCGAUGUUAUUGUGUACUGUUUGA